GUUUUCUGCCCACUUAUGGAAUCGGGAAUGCCCACACAGAAUGUAGUAAUCAGUAGGUUUUGAAGGGUUUCGUCCGCCGUCGCCGCCGGACAGCAGCCGCUGGAAAGUGGAAGCAAGAUGCAGCGGUGGUUAGCAAAGCUCGGCCGUCCUCUUCUCUCAUCUUCCCUCCAUGUCUUUCCUUCUCGAUCUUCGAAUCCCGUACCUGUUCGGUUGUUUUCCUUAAUCAGAUCCAUUAACUCUUCCGUUACCCCGUACGUCCCGAUCUGCCCCUCAAGGCUGAUUGCGCAUUCUUCGCCAGUCUUCCCGGUCCAGGUUUUGCAGUCCCGGCACUUGGCGACCAAGAAGGUAAAGAGGUCGAGGGCGCCGGACACGCCUGUGGUAUCGAAAGUUAAGAAGUACAAGUUGAAAGCUUACUCGUCAUUCAAGUACCGGUUUAGGACGAUGAAUGAUGGUCUGAUCCGGCGGUGGCGGGCUGGGAAGAGGCAUAAUGCCCAUUUAAAGUCGAAGAAAUCAAAAAGGAGACUCAGAAAGCCUGAAAUUGUUCAUUUGGCCUAUGCCAAAGUGAUGAAGAAGCUGAAUUUUACUGGAUAGAGUUCUGUAGUUCUGUUGUUUCCAGCCUUAUUAGUUCUCCAGAAUUUCACAAAAAGGAGUACUAUCUUUCCUUCAACUCUUAGAACAUCUUCAGAAAAAUAAUAUUUAGUACGAGAAUUUACCUUUGUGUUUUGUUAUUUCUUUUAGCCAAUUUGUUCUGUUUGUCCAGCUUAUGUAGUGCCAACACCAAGUCAAUGUAGAAGGUUAAGGCUUUGUUUGA